AUGAAGCGACGACCGCCGCCCAAGUCGGAGCAGGCCAAACGCGCCUUCUUGCGCCGGCUCGGGUCCGAAAUAACAAAGGCGUCCACCGUCGUCCAGGAUGCGUGGAGUCCAGGCCACAACUUUUACUCGACAACCGAAGUCCGCAGCUGGGGCAGCGGCAGCCACGGCCAGCUGGGGCUCGGCGACGACCGCCACCGUCUCGCACCCGAGAUCGUCCUGGAGCUCUAUCGCAUCUCGACGGACCAUCGCAAGCUCCAGCUGAGCUGCAGUGAGCUCUUCACGGUUGCUGUCAACGACGAAGGCCAUGUGUAUCUAUGGGGACGUCCGCCGACCGACACGACCUUACCCACGACAGCCAGGCUUCCCGAACGUGUGCCAGGUCUGGACGGCGUCGUGAUUCAGAGCGUCGCUUCUGGUUCGGGGCACAUUGGCCUCCUCUCGGCCGCUGGCGCCGUCUACACGUGGGGCCAAGGCGCAGGCGGGCGUCUCGGCCACGGCGAUGAGCACAGCGUCGCCAUCCCGAAGCGCAUCCAGCACAUGCCAACGACAGCCGCUAUUCACCAAGUCGCUUGCGGUGCGGAGCAUACCCUCGUGCUGGACGCCACGGGGCGCGCGUUUGGCUUUGGAAGCAACCGCGCGGGACAGCUCGGCACUGGCUCGUACUGCAAUAGCAACGAGCCACUGCUCGUGGCCAGCCCCGUGCGCUUUGCCUCAAUCGUCUGCGGCAUGAACCACUCGGGCGCCGUGAGCCUCGACCACGCCGUGUAUACGUGGGGCUGGGGCGAGAAAGGUCGAUUAGGCCUUGGCUCGGACGAGUCUCUGCACACACCCACGCGCAUCGAGAGCUUGCGCGACGUCAAGCAGCUCAGCUUUGGCGGGGCUCACUCGCUUGCUCUGACAAACAGCCGCAAAGUGUAUGCGUGGGGCUGGGGAGCGUUUGGCCAGCUCGGCCUCGGGCACUGCAGUGACUCAAGCGUGCCCAAGCUCGUCAAGAGCCUCGACGACAUCGAGCAGGUUGCCUGUGGCUUUGGGCACUCGGCCGCCGUCUCGUUUGCGGGACGACUCUACCUCUGGGGCUUUGGCGAGGAAGGGCAACUCGGCACGGGCGACGAAGGCAACCGCGAUGUGCCGCAGCUUGUCUGGACCCACGCAAGCGGCGGUGCCACCGACCCGCCCAAGGUCCUCCAGAUUACCCUCGGAAAAGUGCACUCGAUUGGGAUCGCUGAGCUGAGCAUGAGCGCAUCGCAGCGGGCCAAGCUCAACCCGGACACGAUCCGCGCCGCCGCCAAGCGCAUUCAGCGCACCGUGCGGCGCUUUCUACGAUGCUCGCGUGUGCGCCGCCGACACGCCGCGCAUACUUUGGCGCGACAGGCGCAGCUCGAGCGAGAGCGCGUGGAGGCGAGCCGCCAGCUCGUCGCCGACGAGGAAGCGCAGCGCAAGCGCGACGAGCAAGCCAAGUGCGACGCCUUGCAAGCCGUCGCCGCCGCCAAGCGCGCGCGGAAAAUGCUCGAAGCCCGGCUCACGGUGGCCACGCGGCUGCAGGCCGUGGUUCGAGGCGCCCCGACCAAGGCUGCCCGGCUCGAGAGCGAGAAGCGCGAGCGCGAGGCUCGGCGCCUUCAAGCGGCCGCGGUCGCCGACGCAGCGCACCGCCAGCGCCGAGACAAGGAAAUCGCCGACGCCAAAGCCAAAGCCAGAGCCAAAGGCAAGGUCGUUGACGCCGUGGUCGGCCCGAGAAAGGACAAGCGACGCCUCAACGAAGCACAGCUUCGCAAGGUCGCCGCGGCGCUCAACGCGAGCCGCGAAGACCGGGACAAGACGCGGCAGGAGCUCAUGGAGCAGAAGCGGUUGCUGGAAGUGAAAGAGCACGAGAAGGCGCUGCUAGCGGCCAAAGCGGACGCCGAGAAGCGGGAGCGGCUCUUCCGCAAGAGCUUGACGCAUGCGCCGCACGUCCGUGGCAGCCUGAGCUCGAGCGUGCGCGCCCUCCACAUCGCUGAGACAUACCGAGUCCUGCCGGGGGACAUCAAGCCCCACUACGUCCUUGACGACAGCGCGACCGACCCCGCGACGAGUCUGCCAAUGGAGGACGGCUGCCAGAGCACGUCCAAGUACCGCAUCUUUCGAGACAUCCGCCGACCGUCCAUCACGGGCCUCAAGAGUCCUCGCGACGAGCCCAACCAGCGCAGCUAA